CUGAGAGGUGUAUAGUUGUAAUGACCACUAAAGCAUUGGCAUUGUUCUAGAAUUUCACAAACAAAUGGAUAAUAAAAUUCAGUUAAAAAGAUCCAUUAAGCGUUAAGGAUGUACAAGUUAUCUGAUUCCAGGGGCGGACUGACCAUUUGGAAACUUGGGCACUGCCCGAGGGCCCGGGAUGCCCCUGGUACCUUUUUCAUAGGCUUUUUUGAGUUUGGGCAAGGACAUAGGGGCCCCAUGAUCCCCUAUUGCCUGGGG